AUGCACGUUGCUGAGUCACAGAGAGUGUUCCUGGAUAUUGUCCAAAAAGUACUUCAGCGAUAUGACACGCAGCUGAAAGAUAUCAACCACAAGAUCUGGUCUAAUCCGGAGCUUGCAUAUGAGGAAUUCAAAGCUCAUGAUAACAUUUGCGAGCUCUUUGAAAGCCUUCAAUCGAGCGAAUAUGAAGUCACUCGGAAAGCGUAUGGUGUCGAGACUGCUCUUGAGGUCAAGUAUUCCUAUGGCACAGGAGGCCGAACCGUUGCAUUUAACGCCGAAUACGAUGCUCUUCCCGGCAUUGGUCACGCCUGUGGUCAUAAUUUAAUCGCGACAAGCUCCAUCGCCGCUUUCAUCGCUACUUGCGAGGCAAUGAAAGCUCAGGCCCAGGCUUUGUCUGUGCCGGGAUUUACUGUCCGGCUAUUAGGCACUCCGGCAGAGGAAUCCGGCGGCGGCAAAGUCAAGCUGAUUGACGGUGGAGCCUAUACCGAUGUGGACGCUUGUCUCAUGGUGCAUCCCGUCCCAAUGGCUCCUGGGAAUCCGGCUCUCUGCGGUAUGGCUACCGUUGUAGAAGGAGGCUUUUUGGCCAAUGAUAAAGUUCAAGUGACCUUUACCGGCAAGCCUGCCCACGCUGCUGCGGCGCCCUGGGAAGGCAUCAACGCACUGGACGCGGUUGUGUCGGCAUAUGUCAGCAUUUCCAUGCUCCGACAACAGAUUCUGCCUUCUCAGAAAAUCCAUGGAGUCAUUACGGAAGGAGGCACGCGUCCGAACAUCAUUCCCAUGUCUGCCACUGUGGAUUAUUACAUUAGGUCCCCGACCAAAAAGACAUUGAAGCCCUUGACUGAAAAGGUUAUUAAUUGUUUUGAGGCUGCUGCGACUGCUACAGGCUGUAAGGUCUCAUAUAAAUGGGGACCGUCGUAUGACGAUCUGAAGAGCAAUAUGCCGAUUUGUGAGAACUAUGUCUCGGCAAUGAGAGCGAUGGGUCACCAUACACUACUCGACAACUCAGAAAUUAAGGGCGCACUUGCUGGUGCUUCCACUGAUAUGGGUAAUGUCUCUUAUGUCGUGCCUGGAUUCCACGGCAUAUUUUGCAUUCCUGUCGAUGGGGUAAACCAUACACCUGGGUUUACUAAAGGCGCUGGAUCUUCCGAAGGGCAUGAAAGAGCCAUCGCAUGUGCGGCUGGUAUGGCUGUAGUAGCUUGUCAAAUCCUAGUCGAUGAUGAGCUUGCCGAGUCGGUUAAGAAAGACUUCCAGCGAGCGUGA